AUGGAUGAGGUUGUUAAAAACGGACCAUUAAAUUAUUGGAAUACAAAUAGUUCAUAUACAAGCAAUAACGAUGAAACUAGUUCUAAUAUUUCAGGUUCAAAUAGUAAUCAAAAUUUAAAUAGUGUAUUAUCUAAUAAUAAUAAUAAUAAUAAUAAUAGUCAAUCUAGUAUUAAUACAUCAGGUAAUAAUAUUAUAAAUAGUAGCAAUAAUAAUUUUUCAGGAAUUUUUUUAAAUAAUAUAAAUAGUAGCACCAAUCCAGAUUCACCUAGAUAUAAAACUAAUAUAAAUAGUAAUGGAUCAUUUAGUGGAUUACCCUCACCAUCCCCACCAAUUUCACCAAGAGCUCAAGUUACCGCACCAAAUCUAUCAAAUUUUAUAACACAACACACACCACCACCAUCUCCAAAAUUAGAGCAUUUAGAAAAUAGACAUUUAAGAUUACAACAUACAAGCCACCUUAUUAGAAAUUUAAGUUUUAGUAGUGUAAACUCAACAUCAUCACUUGACUUUAGGAGGUCACUUCAACAAUCAACAGGAAUACCGAUGGAAAUGAAUACCAAUAAUAACAAUAAUAAUAUCGAUAACAAAGACAGUGUAGAUUUAGAAAUUAAUAAUAGUAAUAGUGGUGCUAGUGGUAUAGAUUCAACUAAAAGCUUUACACCAAGAAAAAAAAGAAGAAAGGAAAAUAGAGCAGUUAGAAGAUUUAGGAGAUCAUUAUCAUCGGUCAUAUCAUCAAACUACUGGAUUUUCAUUAUGAUCAUUUCAAUUAUUUUUGUACUUUUCAUUGAUGAUAUACUGGGUAUAGCAGGCUCACCAAGCAGUAAAGCGUUAGAUAGUUCAAUUAUGGGUGUUAGAAUUGGUGUAAUAGCGUUUUUUAUAAUAGAUAUAAUAUUUAAUUUAUUUUGUUUUAGAGACGAUUAUUUCCCAGGAACCAUCGUUUUUUGGCUCGAUCUAAUAAGUUUGGCGUCAAUAGUAUCCGAUGUUCAUUAUUUUAGUAACUUUUAUGCAAAUUUAGUUUUAUCAAUAACUGUAAAUACAAGAAUCAUUAGAAUAUGUGGUUCAUUCAUUAGAAUUUCUUUAAUUUCAACAUUAUAUAAUAGAUUUUUAAGAAAGCAAACAUCACCCAUUACAGAAGGCCUUGAAGUCGAAGCAAGUAAACUCGGUGAUAAAUUAAUCCGUUUAACAACCAACAAAAUAGUUUUAUUAGCCUUGGCAGUAUUAUUCGCAUCUCAGCUUCUAGUUUAUGAACCAGAUGCACCAGGUAUAUAUAUUAAAUCAACCAUUUCAUCAUUAGAGCACAUGGCAAAUACAUUUGGUAAAGAUUCAGCUUCGUUCAACACAAUGUUCAACGACUAUUUAACUGUAAAUUCAAAACUUUUAUAUGCAAAUAUUAUAAAUGAUAUAGUUUAUGAAAAUAACAAUAGAAUUAGUGAAUUACAAGAAAGAUCAAUUUUAAAAUAUAGUUACUUUAAUUCAGAAAUAUGGAUUGAUAAUUCAUAUUAUAUUAAAUAUAGCUGUAUAUUACAUUUAUGUUUAACUAUAUUUGUAAUUUUAAUUUUAAUUAUUAUCAAUUUAUUAAUUGUCAACGAUGCACAUUGGUUAGUCAUUAAUCCAUUGGAAAAUGUUUUAACAAUUGUAAAAUUAUUAUCAAAACAAAAUUCAACAAUGAUUCAAACCAAUAAACAUAGUGGAGGUGGUAAUAAUAAUACAAAUUCGAAUAAUGUUAGAAACAGGGUAGAGUCCAUUGGUAAUAAGUCAGAUACAGCAGAUACAACAAGUAGUAGUGGUGUCGAUGUGGAAGAGCCCGACGAGGCAGAUUUCCUUUUAGGUGUACUUAAUGAUAUCGAUGAUUCGUUACAACAGGUUCAAGAGAAUCUUAAGGAAGAAGCCAAUCAAAAUACUAUAUUAAAGAAGGAUAUUGAAGAUCUUUAUGUAGAGAAAUAUAUCCUGCAAGUUCAUCUCCGUUCAGUUGUAAGAAAGAUCGACUUCCCAGACCCAAUCGGUAAUUAUUUAAAAAAGAAGCAAGUUUUAUUAUCAAAGCAAAAUCAAGCCAUCAACAGUAGUAAUGAACAUGCUUUCAUUGAUGUAGUUUUAGCAUCACAAAAUGAUGAUAUUAAAUAUAAAUCCAACGAAGACGGAUCAGCAGACUUUAAUAUAAUUCAAUACGCCUCAAUCGAUAAAUUGAUUGAAAAGCUUACAACACCAGAAACACACGAUUUGAAAUUUGCAAAUGUUUUCCUUUUGACCUACCGUAAAUAUUUAUCGCCAUUAGAACUUUUAGAGAGAUUAAUCAUUAGAUUCUGUUCAACACCAACCAUGGAAUUACCAGAAAAGUUAUUGGGUUCGAAAGAGCAAGUAGAAAAAUGGAGAAAGAAUAAACAAGAGCAAAUUCGUAAUAGUGUUUUCAAUACAUUAAAACUAUGGGUUGGUGUAUACAAUUGGGACUUUUAUGAUAAUCCAGAGUUGUCACAAUUGUUGAACAGUUUAGUAAAUGAAAUCAUGCCCUUCUGUAAGAUGGAUAAACAUGCAGCUUAUAUCGACUCGAUCUACAAGAGAAAGAUGAACACAUUCGCUCAAGACCCACCAUUCAUUCCACCACCACCAUUAACACCAGAGGAAAUUGCAGAGCUAAUGGUAAUAGAAGAUAAAAUAUUAUUUACAUUUGACACAUCAGAUUUAGCUAUUCAGAUCACUCUUAUCGAAUUUGACCUAUUUAAAAAUAUAAAAUCAAAAGAAUUUUUAAAUCUUUGUUGGACCAACAAGCAAGAAAAGACAAAGUUAGCACCAAAUGUUAUUAGAUUCAUUGAACAUUUCAAUAGCGUCAGUUUUUGGUUACAAACUCAAAUUGUAAAGAGCGGUAAAGUUAAAGAACGUGUUCAAGUUGUAAAGAAAAUUAUUGCAUUGGGUGAUUCAUUCAUUCAAUUAAACAAUUUCUAUGGUGCAAUGGAGGUUCUAUCGUCAUUAGAGUCCUCAGCAGUAUCACGUCUUCAUAAAACCUGGGAGCAAAUACCCCAAUCAACUGUUCAAUCACUCCAUUCAUUACAAAAACUACUCAGUCCAACCGACAACUUUAAAAACUAUCGUGAAAAAAUUUCAAAAACCACAUCAUCAUGUAUACCAUACAUUGGUCUCUAUCUCAGUGAUUUGACAUUCAUUCACGAGGGUAAUCCAGAUUAUAAAGACGAUCUUAUCAAUUUCUCAAAACAACGUGAAGUAGCCGCAACCAUUAAUUCUAUCAAACAAUUCCAAAAUAUUUUUUACUAUUAUGAACCAAAUCAAGCCAUUAGAAAACAAUUAGAAUUUAAAUCACCUGGUGCCGAUACAAUAUGGAAAAUGUCAUUAACAUGUGAAAAUAAAUCAAAGAAAUAA